AUGAAUGUCUAUUUCAGCUACUUUCAUGAACAACACCAAAUGAAAUCGUACUCGGUCGAGCGUGCAAUGUCAUUAGCGUGGGAUCGAGCAAUAACAAAGCCUGGAAUACCUUUUAGGCGAGCUGUUGUAGGGUUCAACUGUAACGUAGACGUAAUUGUAUCAGGUACUCAGAUCAUUGAAAGUCUUAAUACUACUAUUGAAAAAGGAAAGGACCAUAAGAGCCUGGAAUCGUUGGAUGAUCUACAUGAGACAUUUGUCCAUUUCUUCCAACGUGGCGCACCAGCAGAAAGGUAUAUGUCCUCAGAAAGCACUUUUGAAACUGUUGUCCGACAAGUAGAGGGCGCAAUCCCUCGAGCACAAUACCAUAUCGGUGGAAAUGCAGCUCUUAUGGCAGAGAGAAUAGCGUCUGGAUUCCCAAGUACAGAGGUGUAUUUAGUUGGUCCUAUUGGUCCUAGAAGUCAAGCGCUACUAAAUCCUUCCGUCAGGCGAACAAAUGCUACUCGAAUAGUUAAAGAUGAACUUCACGUAAUCCUCGAGUACAAACAAGGUGAGACGUUGGGCGACUGGAUUGCUCCUAGUAGUAGUCGAUUCAUAACAAGCCAUGACCACUUCAGCGGUAGCGCAUUGGUAAUGGAGAUGUUUUUUAAAGCAAUAGCACAAUUCAAACCAGAUCUUACAAUCAUAUCUGGCAUACACACACUAGAAUUUCAGAAUAAAGAAAUGCGCUUGGAAAAGUUACGGAUGAUAAGACGGAAUCUUCUACAGAUAUCAUCGAAAGUGCCUAUUCAUUUUGAAUUGGGCAGCCUUGCAGACGCGACGUUCAUGUUUGAUAUACUACAUCGUAUUAUUCCACAUGUUGAUUCGUUGGGCAUCAAUGAGCAGGAAUUAGCCUUCCUUUCCCAUGUGGCUGGUGGGCCGCAUAUGGAAGAGUACCCAGUACAAGCAGGGACAGUUCACUUACUUUGGGUUGUCGAAAUGCUGGAUUGGCUGCUUCGGACAUUUGGCCGCGAUCGAAUGAAUCCAAAUUCGAAGAACUUUGGAUAUCGGCUCCAAAGGAUCCAUUUUCAAUGUUUGACAUACCAAAUGGUAAGCUCCGGAAAUGAUUGGUCGAACUUGGCAUCUGGACUGGCGGCAUCCUCGCGGUUAGCAGGACGAAUGGCUUGCAAUCUUGCUCGUAUGGAAACUGAUAUGUUAGAAGUUCGAACGGCUCCGUCGUUCAUUCUGGACAAGAAACUCGGAAAGGUGUACAAUUUCCAUGCUCAUAAUCCAAUCGCAUCAUGGAUGCGAGACCAAGUGUUAUUUAUCUUUACACCGGUGUUGGUGUGCAAGUUUCCAAUGAAAACGGUUGGUAUUGACGACGCGAUUUCGACAACGGGCUUGCUUUAUUCACAAUUCUACCGGUUCGAUAGCGAUAUGAAGUGGUAA